CGGCCCUCACCGGAAGCGGCGCGGCUGACAGCCAAUGGCAGUGGCGUGCGGGGCGCUGAGGAGCGGGGGGACAGUAUGGCGGCGCCGGGGGCGCUGAGGCGCGGGUGGAGGCUGGCGCUGGCAGGACGGACCAGCUGGUGUCCCGCUCCGCUGUGCCGAAGAAGAGCGCUGCCGAGUCCCCCAUCGGGUCCUGCCUCUGCGGCUCGCUGCCCGCUGCGGUGGGCAUCGUCCUCCUCCCAGCCGGGCCAGACGGAGAGCGACCCCGGCGAGGGACAGGUCUACCUCAGCGGGAGCUGCGUGAAGGCCUCUUCUUUGCAGAGGCUGCUGGAGAUCACAGAAGGCUCAGAGUUUCUCAGGCUGCAGGUGGAAGGAGGUGGCUGUUCUGGAUUCCAGUACAAAUUUUCCUUGGACACAGUUAUCAAUCCUGAUGACAGGGUGUUUGAACAAGAUGGUGCCCGUGUGGUCGUGGAUGUGGACAGCCUGGCCUUCGUGAAAGGGUCCAUGGUGGACUUCAGCCAGGAGCUGAUUCGCAGCUCCUUCCAGGUGGUGAGCAACCCCCAGGCAGAGAAGGGUUGCUCAUGUGGAACUUCCUUCUCUGUCAAAUUCUGACUGGACUUCCCAUGGAUGAACACUCUCAGCAGACACUUUCCUGCAGUCUCCAGAGGGAUUUUGCUUGUUCCUUGCCCAGCUGCUCCCUCUCAUCUCCCUUACCUUUUAACACAGCUAUUUCACAUGACUCCAGGUGUAUGUGCGUCUGUGCAGUGCCUAUCUUCAGUACCUGUGGGACUUCCCUUUGGAAACACAAAGUAGCCAUGGGCACACACAGGAACAUCUUCAGCACCUUGUCAACCACCAGCCAGGUGGUGCUGACUUGCCUACCCUGUCCUAAAUAUGGAACCACUUAGCUGCUGAGAGAUAGCUGUAUAUAUGUGUGUGUGUGUUUAUUGAAAGCUCUUAUAAAUAGUGUUUGAGAUUGA